AUGGAUGGAAAUGGUGGGAAAGCAGAUUAUACAUCACUGAGUGAAGAGGAGUGGAAGAAGCGCCUGACUAAAGAGCAGUAUUAUGUUACUCGGCAGAAGGGCACUGAGAGAGCAUUCACUGGGUCAUCAACCAAAUUUGAUAGUGGUACCGGAUGGCCAUCCUACUAUAAACCAAUUGGCGAAAAUGUCAAGAGCAAGCUUGAUAUGUCAAUCAUUUUCAUGCCCCGGACCGAGGUGCUCUGUGCUGCCUGUGAUGCCCAUCUGGGGCAUGUCUUUGAUGACGGGCCACCACCAACAGGGCAGAGAUACUGUAUCAACAGUGCAUCUCUGAAAUUGAAGCCUCAGUCGCUGGAUCCUUUAGGCCCUGUUCGGUUCCCGGGGAACGACGUCCGGGAACCGUUCCGGCCAGGAUUGUCCGUUUAA